AUGAGCGCGGCGGGCCCCGGGCCCGGCCCCGAGCCCGGCCCGCACGAUGGGGACCCCGGGCCCGGCCCCGGCACGGCCCGGCCCGGCAGCCCGCAGGAGGAGUUCGACUUCUCCGUCCUCUUCGACUACGACUACCUGAAGCCGAUCGAAGAAGAACCGACUCCACAUAAAACCACCAGCCCACCCUCUGGAGUUACAUACGCUCAUGAUGUCUUGGACUGUGGCCUCAAGCCAUGCCCCCUGCCUUUUCCUAGCCUUUCUGCAGACCCCAUGGGCAGAUAUGGACAGCCAGAUAGCAUAGGGCCAACACCUACACACCCUGCCAACGCUGCAGGGGCCUCUGCUCCGAGCCCUAGGAUUGAAAUAACUCCAUAUCACGAACUGAUUCACUCAGGGGGUCCCUUCCGCAGCAGAGACACAGAUGUUCUGUUGGUAGAACAGUCCAACUCAGCCACCACUAGCCCGAGGGUUACCCUGCCCGUCCCUGGCUUUGAGGGCUACAGAGAACCACUGUGUCUGAGCCCAGCUAGUAGCGGCUCCUCUGCAAGUUUCAUUUCAGAGACAAAUGUAUCUCCUUGCACCUCACCAUGUGUUUCACCAAAUAAUGGUCCUAGUGAUGACCUUUGUCCACAGUUUCAAAACAUCCAUACUCAUUAUUCUCCUAGAACCUCUCCAAUAAUGUCACCACGAACAAGCAUCACGGAGGAAGCCUGCUUGGGACGCCACUCACCAUCACCCUGUCCCAACUCAAGGUCUUCGUCGCCAGGUGCAAAAAGGAGGUACUCGAGCACGGGGCUCUACAGCAGCCAGCUGCCCCCCAGCUCUCCUGGGCGCUCCCGCAGCCCCUCUCCACAGCCCUCUCCCCGCCUGGCCCCGAGGGAAGACGGCUCUGCGGGCGCUUUCACGCCGCUGCCCAGCGCCGCCCUGCCCAUGGAUGCCAUGAGCAGCCUCCCCGCCGAUCCCUCCUGCGGCGUGCCCACGAAAAUCUGGAAAACCAGCCCCGACCCCUCGUCCAUGCCUUCCCACAAAAACAGCAUCCCGUGCCACGUCUUUCAGACUGUUGACUUCCAUGGGCCUUGUGAGCAGGAGGACAGGAGAAACUCGGCCCCAGAGUCCAUUCUGUUGGUUCCUCCGUCCUGGACGAAGCAACUGGUGCCUGCAAUACCAAUCUGCAGCUUGCCUGUGCAGUCUCUGCCCCCCCUGGAGUGGCCCCUGGCCAGCCAGUCUGGCUCGUACGAGCUGCGCAUCGAGGUGCAGCCCAAGCCCCACCACCGCGCGCACUACGAGACCGAGGGCAGCCGCGGCGCCGUCAAGGCUCCCACCGGGGGACACCCCGUGGUCCAGCUGCAUGGGUACAUGGAGAACAAGCCCCUGGGCCUGCAGAUCUUCAUUGGCACAGCAGAUGAGAGGAUCCUCAAGCCCCACGCCUUCUACCAGGUCCAUCGCAUCACGGGCAAGACCGUCACCACCACCAGCUACGAGAAGAUCAUCGGCAACACCAAAGUGCUGGAGAUCCCCCUGGAGCCCAAAAACAACAUGAAGGCAACCAUCGACUGCGCGGGGAUCCUGAAGCUGCGCAACGCGGACAUCGAGCUGCGCAAGGGCGAGACCGACAUCGGCCGCAAGAACACGCGGGUGCGCCUGGUGUUCCGCGUGCACAUCCCCGAGCCCAGCGGCAGGGUCGUGUCCCUGCAGGCGGCCUCCAACCCCAUCGAGUGCUCCCAAAGGUCUGCUCAUGAGCUUCCAAUGGUUGAAAGACAAGACAUUGACAGCUGCCUGGUUUAUGGGGGACAGCAGAUGAUCCUCACUGGACAGAACUUCACAGCAGAGUCCAAGGUGGUGUUCACAGAGAAAACAUCAGAUGGGCAGCAGAUCUGGGAAAUGGAGGCCACAGUGGACAAAGACAAGAGCCAGCCUAGCAUGCUUUUUGUGGAAAUACCUGAGUACAGGAACAAGCACAUCCGCACAGCCGUCAAGGUGAACUUCUACGUCAUCAAUGGCAAGAGAAAAAGGAGCCAACCCCAGCAUUUCACCUAUCACCCAGUACCAUCAAUCAAAACAGAGCCCAUUGAUGACUAUGAUCCAGCCCUAAUCUGCAAUCCAGUGCACAGUGCUCUGGGGACAGUAACACAGCCUUACUAUCCACAGCACCCAAUGGCCACCGAGUCCCCCUCCUGCCUGGUGCCCACCAUGGCCCCUUGCCAGCAGCUGCGCUCGGGGCUCUCCUCUCCCGACUCGCGGUACCACCAGCAGAACCCCGCUGUGAUUUACCAACGGAGCAAGAGCCUGAGCCCCAGCCAGCUGGGCUACCAGCAGCCAGGCCUGAUGGCCACCCCAGUUGCCAUUGCAGAUGCCCACAGGUCGGUGCUGGUGCACGCCGGCUCUCCAGCGCAGAGCCCGGCCGGGCUGCACCCCUCCCCGGGCCAGCAGCAGCCUUCUCCCGUCAUCCACUACUCUCCAAACAACCAGCAGCUGAGGUGUGGCAGCCACCAGGAGUUCCAGCACAUCAUGUGCUGUGAGAAUUUCCCCUCCGGCGCGUCGAGGUCCGGCCAGCCCCAGCCCAGCCAGGCGCAGAGGCUCAGCCCCAGCUCCUACCCCACGGUCAUCCAGCAGCAGCGGGCGGCCAAGGGCGGGCCAGGGAACGAGCAGAAGGACGUGCUGCCCGCAGGAGUCACCAUCAAGCAGGAGCAGAACCUGGACCAGGCCUACCUGGAUGAUGAGCUGAUAGAUACACACCUUAGCUGGAUACAAAACAUUAUAUGAAAAAGAAUGACUGUGAUCUUUGAUCCAAGCAAUCAAAAAGAAAGUUAACGAAAUUAUCAGGAAGGAAUUUUCUGGACUCCCUGCCAGAAGUCAGACAUAGAAGAAGAGAUUUGUGAGACAACUUUUACCCAAUCCUUCCACAAGUGACCUCUUAGAUCCUUCCAGUGCCCCUGCAACCUCUGGCUUCCUCUGCACUUCAUCUCCAGGCAGAGACUCAGCGCAAGGAACAAUGAAUUGGCACCAAGUGACAGCCUUGGCUGAGCCCCUCGCCACCUCUGCCUGUAAACAGCAGCAAGGACACCCUUCCUCUCAUCCAGACACCACAUUGUUCUCCUGGAGCAGAGCAGCUGUGUGAGGAAACGCUGAGAGCCUGCUGCAAACCAUCAUGUGUGUCCAUUCAUCCAUCCCAGGAGACAGAGCAUCCCUGGGCAGGACUGGGGCUGGGGAGGGGACAGGAGUGAUGGAUCCAGGGGAGAGCAGCAGCCACUGCAGCACUGGCAGUGACCUGUUCUCCUGAGAAAUGUCACUGCUGCAGGAAUGUCUGUGUUAUUGCAGGCAGCCCCAGCUCAGCCUGGGGUCAGUUUGCUCUGAGCACUGGGAUUGGUGUUUCAAACAGGAGAUGUCACCUGAACCCAGCAGUUUGCUUCAUUUUUCUCCUCAGACUGGAUAGGAGAGAGGGAUUCUCAUAACCAACCAGUGAAAAGAGCAAUUCAGCAUUUGCAAUGCCUGUCCCAAGGUAAAAGAAACCCAGGUAAAACAGAGAUUAAUAUAUAGGAGUCACAGUAAAUCCAAAGAUUUUAUCAUUGAUCCUUAUUAGCAUUUAGGAGUGUAUGAACACAUCUUAGAUAUUUUCUCUCUAACAAAUUGUUGCUGUUUCUUUUCAUGUAGAACCUGCUCUUGGCUCAUAACUUGUCUCAUUUAGCAGCUGGAACAUUUACUCACCCAAGCUGCAGAGGAAAAUAAUUGCAUCUUACAGAAGCCAUACAUUCCAGAGAAAAUAUGCACUUAUUUAUAUCCACCUGGCCUCUUUAGCUUUGCACAGCUACCAGCAAUUCCUGGAAAGGUGACAUUUCCAAGGGAGUUAGCAUUUUGUUAUGUUUUGCUUUGUCUGUUAGAAUGUCCUGUCCUGACUCCUGCUUGGCACUUUCCAGGUAAGCACUGCCACCUGCAGCUGUAGAGCUACAAGUCAGAAUAUUUAGGGGAAUUUUGGGGAGUCAGGGCCUCCCCUGAGGGAAACAAAAUCUUAUUGAGUGGGUGAUCAGUGUACAGUAAAAGAUAACCAUCAUAUUUUAGGGAUUAUGUAAUAAUCUUUCCUGGUUUUAUAGAUAAGAAAUGCUGAUAUUUUCUAGGAAUGCAGAGCCUGAGCUCUGCUCUAGAAAGCACAGUGAAAUAUUCCACUUUUCAGCUGUGUCACAGCACACUUUGCAGAAUUCCAGCAUGUCCUCUGCUCCCAGCAGCAAUUAGGGGAUGGGGA